AUGUUUCGGCGCAUAUCGAGGGGAUUUAUUCGUAGUGUUUCGUGUGGUUUAACUUUAUCAGCUGCCGGUCUUUCGUUUUAUUUUUUACAUCAAUGUGAUUAUGAUAUAUCAUCAAUUGGUUUAGUUCGAUUAGCUCGAGCUGGAAUUGCAGUUUCAAAAAUAAUUGUUGAUUAUAAAUUAACAAUGCGACAUUAUACAGAGGGUGAUAAGUAUCGAAAAAUGAUUAGUAAUACUCAUAGACGAAGCGCAGAGCGUCUUCUUAGGUUAGCUUGUGCAAAUGGAGGUGUAUACAUCAAAGUUGGUCAACAUCUAGCUGCUCUUGAAUAUCUCGUACCUGCAGAAUAUGUCGAAGUAUUAAGUGUUUUGCAUUCUAAAGCUCCUGAAAGCAAUAUGAAGGAUGUCAAAAAGGUGAUUGAAAAGGAUUUGAAUUGUAAGCUGGAAGACGUUUUCGUUGAGUUCGACGAACAUCCACUUGGAGUUGCAUCCUUGGCUCAAGUAUAUAGAGCAAAACUUCGUGAUGGUCAACAGGUUGCAGUGAAGGUCCAACAUCCCCGUGUAAAAGCUCAUAGUAUUGUGGAUAUUGCUUCCAUGGAGGUUCUCACAAAAGCCGUUGCCAAAAUAUUUCCCGAUUUUCAUCUAUUAUGGCUCAUGGAAGAAACGAAACGUAAUCUUCCUACUGAGCUAGAUUUUACGAUUGAAGCGUCGAAUGCUGAUCGGGUUCGACGAAUGUUUAGCCAUUUGAGUUUUCUAAAGAUACCAAAAAUCUUCUAUGACUACACAACUGAUCGUGUACUCACGAUGGAAUAUUGUGAAGGUGCGCAAGUUAAUGAUCUCAAUUAUUUUAUCAAGAAUAAUAUCGACCGUCAUGAUGUCUGUAAAAAACUAGGGACUUUAUACAGUGAAAUGAUAUUUGUAAAUGGUUAUAUACACUGUGACCCACAUCCGGGUAAUGUGUUGAUAAAUAAAAAAGAAGAUGGAAAUGUUUCCAUUGUUUUACUUGAUCAUGGUCUUUAUCUUACACUGCGCGACGACUUUCGAGUUAAAUAUGCGAAAUUUUGGCUAGCUUUAUUGAAACCUGAUCAGGAUGAGAUUAAGAAUAUCGCACAAGAAAUGGGAGUUGGCGAUUCAUAUGGGCUAUUUGCCUGCAUGGUCACUAGUCGCUCUUGGGAAGCAGUAACAGGAGGAAUCAGUAAAUCAUCCGUGGAUGAAGAGGAGCGUAAUGAAAUCAAAGCAUACGCCGCUUCACUGAUCCCUCAGAUUUCGUUAGUUCUUCAUAAAAUGCCUCGACCAAUGCUACUAAUUCUAAAAACAAAUGAUUUGUUGAGAAGUAUCGAAUAUCGUCUUGGAACUCAAAAUAGAAUUGAUGCUUUUAUACAGAUGAGUCGUUGUUGUAUUCGAUCUGUGAAUGAAUUGGCUUUGCGCAAUGAACGACAUUUCAUACAACGUAUUUUUCUAUGUUUAAAUAUGUAUUGGACACUGUUUAAGAUUUUUAUAUAUGAGAAAUAUUUAGAAUUUUUUAAUAAGGGAUAUAUGUAG